CCCAGGCCAUCGGUGCUGUGGCUUACUUGAAAGUAGUUGGGAAGGAUGGUCAAGUUGAAGUAGGAUUUGUAACUGGUAAGGCGAAGCUCGCUCCUCAGUCUGAGCUGACAAUUCCAAGGCUUGAACUGUGCACAGCUGUCCUGGCUGUGGAAAUGGCGGAUCUUAUCCAGGACAAGCUAGACCUAGAGCUGGAUGACACCAAGUUCUAUAAGGAUAGCAAAGUGGUGCUUGGUUAUAUUUAUAAUGAAUCAAAACAUUUCUACGUCUACGUUUAUAAUAGAGUUCAACGUAUCUGCCUGUCAUCAAAGCAUGAACAAUGGCAUUAUGUACGUACCCUGCGGACCAUGCAUCGAGAUCCGUAUCUGCAUCCCGUCUGGCGCAGACUUCCUGGAACCCCACUUCCAGUAUCAUCCAUCAGCAGAAAAAACUCAAACGAUUAAGAAAUUUGAGUUGAUCGAACCCGAAAGAGACUCGGAAAUUCGGCCGCAAAUACAAACAGGAGUCACCUACCUCGAAGAAUCAAUAUGUACCACCGAAUGCUUUCAGUGGUUCUUCAUCUUGAAUUCCUUAGUUAGAAGACUUGCAUUCCUCAUUCACAUAGCCAGAUCCCACAAACACUCAUCCUGAAAUAGUAAAUGCAAGGGAUGGCACAAAUGUAACUUACCUCGCACUGUGGACGAAUUGGCCCAGGCAAAGGACGUCAUCCUUAAAGCAACUCAAAGAGCAGCUUUUGUGAGGGAGUUUUUGGCCCUCCAAGCUAAUAAACAAAUACCAAAGGACAGCCCUUUGAGGAAACUCAACCCGAUCCUGAAGAACGAUCUCAUUUACAUUGGAGGCCAGUUAAUACAUUCUCACCUUUCAGCUGUAGAGAAGAGCCUGGUAAUCCUGCCCAAAGACAGCCAUGUGUCCUUAUUGCUUACUCGCCAUCACCAUGAACAGGUAAGGCAUCAGGACUGUCACCUGACAGGGCAGUGGGACUGUGGAUCUUGGGAGGCAAAACACUGAUCAAUUCAGUACUUCACAGAUGUGUAACCUGCAGGAAACUGCGAGGGAAGCUGGAAGCUCAAUGUAUGGCAGACCUCCUACCAGAAUGCCUCAAUGCCUGCCCUCCUUUUACAUAUGUGGGGCUCGAUGUAUUUGGUCCCUGGACAAUCAACACUAGACGCACCAGAGGAGGACAAGCAGAGAGCAAACGGUGGGCCAUCAUGUUCAGCUGCAUGAGUUCAAGAGCGGUGCACAUUGAGGUAAUCGAAUCUUUGGAUACAUCCGGCUGCAUUAAUGCUCUCAGGCGCUUCUUUGCACUAAGAGGCCCUGCAAAACAGUUAAGGUCUGAUUGCGGCACGAACUUUGUUGGAGCAUCCAAGGAGCUCGGGAUGGACAAAACAGUACAAAGGUACCUCAGUGAGCAAGGAUGCAACUGGGAAUUCAACACACCACAUGCCUCUCACAUGGGAGGCUCAUGGGAGUGGAUGAUUGGUAUCGCCAGAAGGAUCCUUGAUUCAAUACUUUUACAGCAACGCACCCGACUGACUCACGAAGUGCUGUGCACACUAAUGGCAGAGGUCAUAACCAUUAUAAAUGCACGACCACUCCUACCUGUGUCUUCUGACCCAGAAAACCCCUUCAUACUCUUGCCAUUAAUGCUCCUUAUGCAGGAGGCAGGAGUUCCUCCUCCACCUGGGGACUUCUCAGAUAAGGACUUGUACACAAAGCAAUGGAAACAGGUUCAGGCUCUCGCAAAUCAGUUCUGGUCCCGUUGGAGACAUGAAUAUCUACCUUUGUUGCAACUCAGACAAAAGUGGACAGAACCUCGCAGGAAUCUUCAAGUUGGAGAUAUCGUCCUGCUCAGGAACAAGCAGAUUGCCUGCAACUGCUGGCCAAUGGUUGGAAUCAGUGCCACAUUCCCUGGUAGGGAUGGACAUGUCAGGAAGGUUGAGUUGAAAAUUUCUGACGAAGGUGAUGUGAAAACUUACCAAAGGCCAGUUGCAGAAGUCGUUCUACUUCUACCUAAAGACUGAUUUAGAGACUGAAGUUUUGUAUUAUGUUCAUAGUGACCUUACAAAGGUCAGGCGGGGAGUGUGUUGCCCUUAAGGCAUUUGUUUAGCUUUAAUACAUUUUCGCUUUAGUAAUUCAUUUGUAAUUAUUUUCUAGUUAAAGUUAAGGUUGUUGAAAGUACAUUCGUUGUCUGUGAUGUGGCAUGCGAUGACAACACACCCGGUUUCGCCGUGUCUUGUGGGAAAAUACCAGUUUGGAGAAACAGGAAGGAGGGGGCUUGUGUGUGCAGGAUCAGCACAAGUUUUCACCAUACGUUAAUGUGGAAGAGUGAACAGUAAACGGUUAAUCUUACUGGGAUCAUGCCUCAUUGACUAUGGUUUACCUUGGUGUUUAGUUUAGAGUUCUUACACCUGAAUGAGAACACUACACUAUGUAACCCAGUUACUACUGUGUAUAUAUAUUUUACAAUAAAAAAACAAUCCACGUAAAGAAUUGUUCAGUUUGAGUCCCAACAGCCUUAGUUGCACUGUUUAAACUCCUAUAUUUUUUUAGAGAUGCAGCACAGAAAAAGCACUUCCAACCCACUGAGCCUCACCACUCAGCAACCCAUCUAUUUAACACUAGUCUAAUCAUUCAUUUGUUCAUCAUGUGCAUGUCCUGGUCUAAUCAGAGGACAAUUUACAAUCACAAGAAAAUCUGCAGAUGCUGGAAAUCCAAAGCAACACUCACAAAAUGCUGGAGAAACUAAAAGAAUAUGGUGAGAAAGCAGGUGUAUGGGGUUGAGUAGGAUUCAGAAUCAGCCAUGAUGGAAUGGUGGAUCAGACAUGAUGGGUUGAAUGGCUUAAUUCUACUCCUAUGUCUUAUGGUCUUAUGGAACUCAGCAGUCCAGGCAGCAUCUAUGGAAAGGAGUAAACAGUUGACACGUUGGGCUGAGACCCUUCAUCAGGAUACUCAAUUUACAGUGACCAAAUAACCUACUAACUGAUAUGUCUUUGGAAUGUGGGAGGAAACUGGAGCAUCCAGAAGAAACCCAUGUGUUCACGAGAAAGAUGCACAAACUUCUUACAGAGGAUACAAAAUUGAACUCUGAACUCCAGAACUGUAACAGCAUCAUGUUAACUGCAUGCCGCCCUUUUGAUCAAAUCAAUCUAACAAGUUAUAUAGGCACAAAAAAUGUGCUGGAGGAGCUUGGUGGGUUGACCAGCAUUUGUGGAAGAGGAAGCACUGUAAAUGCUUCGGGUCCAGAUCCCGCAUCUGAAUUGAUAGUGGAGAGGGGAAAUGGCCAGCAUAAAGAGGGGAAGGAUCUCCUUCUCUUUAUACUGUCCAUCUUUUCCUCUCUCUCAGUCCUGCCGCAAGGUUUUGACCUGAAAAGUCAAUAAAUUUAUUCCUCCAACAGAUGUUCCUUGACCCCCUGAGUGUCUUCACAGAUUGUUUGUUACUCCAUAUUCUACAUCUGCAGUCUUUCGUAUUUCCAGCUUAUAUAGGCAAUAUUGAACAUUAAUAAAGCAAAGUGAAAAUGUCAGCAAAGUCACAAACUGAUUUGUCUAAUGUAAGAUGUUAUACAGUGGAUUCUGGUUAAUUGGCCCAUCAGUUAAUCAGGGCGGCUGUUUAUUUGGAAUAACUCUUA